UCAUGAUGUAAAAUUGAAAGUGAAAGACAUCUUCCCAACGCAAAACGCUGACACAUUCAGCCAUUACAGGUUGCCGUUUCAGUGUUUGUAUUUUCUAACUGGGGGGUAGGCCUACGCGAGUGAAAAAGUCACGUCGAGUAACUAAGACUCUUACCUGAACUUUAAGACUCGCCAAACGCAGACGGAUUUUCUCAUUCAAAGAUGCUCAAUUCCAGGCCCUGCCAACCCCCAAGUGGAGGUUUUUGCUUUGAAAAUACGCGCAGGAAUGCUGUGUUGGAGGGGAGCUUGUCAGAGCAGGGCCUCUGUGCACCCAAAGCCAGGAAGACGGGAACUACUAUUGCUGGCAUCAUCUUCAAGGAUGGGGUGAUUCUUGGAGCGGACACCAGAGCCACAGACGACAUGGUGGUGGCCGAUAAGAACUGUAUGAAGAUCCACUACAUCGCUCCGAACAUCUACUGCUGCGGGGCGGGCGUGGCCGCGGACGCCGAGGUCACCACGCAGAUGAUGUCGUCCAACGUGGAGCUGCACUCCCUCAGCACCGGGCGCCCGCCUCUCGUCGUCACGGUGACGCGGCAGCUGAAACAGAUGCUGUUCAGGUACCAGGGUCAUAUCGGCUCAUCUCUCAUCGUUGGGGGGGUCGACGUGACGGGGGCACAUCUCUACAGCGUGUACCCUCACGGGUCUUACGACAAGCUGCCCUUCCUCACCAUGGGUUCGGGAGCUGCUGCAGCUGUCUCUGUCUUUGAGGACAGGUACAAGUCAAACAUGGAGCUGGAGGAGGCUAGGUGUUUGGUGAGAGAUGCUAUCACCGCGGGGAUCUUCUGCGAUCUGGGAUCAGGCAGCAACGUGGACCUGUGCAUCAUCACUCAGGCCGGCGUGACGUAUCACAGGGGCUUUGACCAGCCCGUACAGAAGGGGAAAAAAGAGGGACAGUACAAGUACAAGCCGGGAACCACAGCAGUUCUGACGGAGACGAUCACACCCCUCCCAUUGGACGUUGUGGAGGAGUCUGUGCAUCUCAUGGACACUCAGUGAAACACUAACGUGCCGUAGGCUUGAUGAAAGUCAUGCAUUUUAAACAAAUUGUAUUCUGCAUAGGGCUGCAUUUCGAGAAGGCGUAUUUACUUGUGUCAUCACAGCGGUCUUGGUUUUGAUUUUGUGUUGCUAAUACAAAAAAUGGUUUUAUUUUGUCAAA